UAGAAAAUAGGUGGAAGCGAUCGCGAUCUAUCGCAAAAUAAUUGGAACUAAACACUUCCAUAGCACCUAAGGUCACAAUCAACCAAUUUGAUAUUCGAUGUUUACCAUUGAUAAGUUGCUACGUUCUGUAUUGACUGUUAUUCGCCACUCAUCUGUUGUCCUACUUGCCAUUCGCCUUUCACUAUGGCCCACGUUCUGUCGUUACUCGUGGUCACGUGAUUUUUAUUCAAGAUGUCAGCGCCCAUAAAAACGUAAACAAGGAUAUUUAAGUGAUUAUUAGAAAUGCUGACAACAGGUAGAAUCUGCCAAAACCAGGUGCAAAGAUGUUGCUGUCUUAUUGGAAGACAAAAUCCUGGAGGUGCAUUCUAUGGUUCAUAUAGUAAAGAUUGGAAGAACACUGGUGUCCACUAUGAUGUUGUAGUUGUUGGUGGAGGUCAUGCUGGGACUGAGGCUGCAACUGCUGCAGCCAGGAUGGGAGUCAACACCCUCCUGCUCACUCACAAAAAGGAAACAAUUGGUGAAAUGUCAUGCAAUCCAUCAUUUGGUGGUAUAGGGAAAGGUCAUCUGAUGAAAGAGAUUGAUGCUUUGGAUGGCAUUUGUGGCAGGAUAUGUGAUCAAGCUGGUGUGCAGUAUAAAGUUUUAAAUAAACGAAAGGGACCAGCUGUAUGGGGCCCUCGAGCUCAGAUAGACCGAUCAUUAUACAAGCGCCACCUACAGGCUGAGAUGUUCUCCACUCCGAAUUUGACAAUUCAAGCCUCACCGGUUGAAGAUUUGAUCUUGAAGGAGUCACCCAAUCCUAACCAUGAUCUAAACAAACAGAACUGUUGCGGUGUUAUCCUGAAUAAUGGAGACAGAAUAUUGAGUGAUACGGUGGUGCUUACAACCGGAACAUUCCUACGAGGCCAAAUCAACAUUGGACUAGAUGUCAGACCGGCCGGACGGUUGGGGGAUGCUCCGGCCAUAGGUUUGGCAAAGACACUUGAUGAUGCAGGGUUUAAACUGGGCAGGUUAAAAACAGGUACACCACCUCGGAUUGAUAAAAGAACAAUUAAUUAUACUAACCUACAACCUAUGGGAGGCGAUGAUCCACCCAUACCAUUCUCUUUCAUGAAUGACAGGGUCUGGAUAAAACCUGAGGACCAGCUCCUUUGUCAUCUGACCUUCACGAAUGCAGCUGUCGACAAGAUCAUCCUUGAUAACCUGCAUCUCAAUCGUCACGUCACAGAGGAGACAGAAGGACCGAGAUACUGCCCAUCCAUCGAGUCCAAAGCGUUGCGCUUCGGAGGACGAGAACAUCAAAUCUGGCUGGAACCGGAAGGUUUUGACUCUGACGUGGUCUACCCCAAUGGCAUAUCAUGUACGCUUCCUGCUGAACUGCAGCAACAGAUGGUCAACAAGAUCGGAGGCCUAGAGAAUGCUGUGGUGGUCCAGCCAGGCUAUGGUGUGGAGUAUGAUUUUGUGGACCCAAGGCAGCUGAAGCCAACACUGGAGACAUUGAGGAUUCAGAAUCUCUUCUUCGCUGGGCAGAUUAAUGGGACGACUGGUUAUGAAGAAGCCGGAGCACAGGGUAUCAUAGCUGGAAUCAAUGCAGCCACAAAAGUCCAGAACAGAUCUCCAUUCACCAUCGAUAGGACUGAGGGUUAUAUUGGUGUUCUCAUUGACGAUCUGACAACACUUGGUACCAAUGAACCCUACAGGAUGUUCACCAGUCGGGCCGAGUUUCGGUUGAGUCUGAGGCCUGAUAAUGCUGACAUGAGGCUCACACAGAAAGGUUAUGACAUUGGAUGCGUCAAAGAUGAGCGAUAUCAACGCUUCACUUCUUGGUGCAGAAAAAUAGACGAAGCUGUCCAAGUCCUAAAAGAUCAGAAGAUGACCAUGAACAGUUGGUACAAGUUGAUGAAAAAGAGCCAAACCAAGAAUCCUAAUCACAAGACAGCAUGGGAGAUGCUGAUGGUCCGUGAUGUGAUGCUGCAAAAUCUGGUUGAAGCAUUCCCAGAGAGAUACGGCUGGAUUCUGGAGACACCGUGGCUGGCUGAUACGUUGAAGACUGAAGCCUUUUAUUCCCAUUCAAUAAAAGAACAACAGGUUGAAAUUGAAGAGGUGCGCCGCGAAGAACAGCUUGUUCUACCUGAUGAUCUUGAUUAUUACAACAUGAGCAUAUCAAAUGAAUCCAAGACAAAACUUUCUGAUCACAGGCCACAAACUAUUGCAGCUGCUAGCCGCAUCCCCGGUAUAACGCCAGCAUGUAUUGUAGUACUCCUGAGAUACGUAAAAAAUCUUAAUCGGAACAUUGCCUCAAAUCGAACAGAAAGACUGAACAUUUCAAGUGAUAUUCCUGUACCCAGUUGAUGAUGUUUGUUAGAUAACAGUUACUAUUUUUUUGUGUUAUUCGGGAGAGCAACUCAUGAACCUAGUUUACUGGACUAAGUCAAGAUCUCUCGUCUAACUGCUGGUUGAAUCUAUUAUAGUGGUUGGAUUUUGUCUUGGCUUCUGUAAUGAAGAAUCACUUAGAGAAUCUCUGGAAGGUAAAUAUUGCGGUUCAAGGUACACGUUUGUCCAGAUGUCAGCCCGAGUAAAUCCAGGCCUCUGACGAUUUAGUCAUGAAAAUUGUCAUUGCCUCUGGCAUGCGACUCAUGCAAAACAGUAUUAUUGAAAAAUGAACAAGAAAACAUGUUACACGAGUUUGUGCUGCCAUCUUUACGAACUGAGCUAGAGGGAAUGUUAUCAGACAAAUUAUGCUUGGUUGACCCUCAUUGUUUCUGGUUUUGAUAUCUAUAAAAUGUAUUGAAUGGAGUGUCCCAUUUUGGAAUGAAUAAAUCAUGUAAAUCAAUUA